CCGCCCCUGAGUGCGUGCACUGGGCCUAGCUGCGGCUCCCGGCCGAGCUGAUGAGCUAUACUCCCCGGCCCCCCGCCAACGGCCUCUUCCUCAUGAACGAGAGAGCCACCCCUCUCCCCCGAAUCUCUUUCUGUCCCUAGCUCCCGAGCGGGACCGAGCAGAGGCUCCUGGAGCCCCAGCUCCUACCCAGGGCUCUUGGGAUGCUCGACCUUCCCUCGGAAAGGGCGCGAGGUGGGGCGGGGGUUACCUCGAAAGGGAAGGACGGCAGCUGCAAAUCCGUAGCUGGAGGCCACCUCGGUGAAAUCAGCGCCUUUCAGAUGUCUGCGCCCAACUUCUAGAUCAAGGAGGCAGAAUCCACGCCCUGCGCGGGUUGGCCCAGGUUAACGGUUCACGGAUGGCUCAGUUGGGAGCAGUUGUGGCUGUGGCUGCCAGUUUCUUUUGUGCAUCUCUCUUCUCAGCUGUGCACAAGAUAGAAGAGGGACAUAUUGGGGUCUAUUACAGGGGCGGCGCCCUGCUGACUUCCACCAGCGGCCCUGGUUUCCACCUCAUGCUCCCUUUCAUCACCUCGUACAAGUCUGUGCAGACCACGCUGCAGACGGACGAGGUGAAGAAUGUGCCGUGCGGGACGAGUGGCGGUGUGAUGAUCUACUUUGACAGAAUCGAAGUGGUGAACUUCCUGAUCCCGAAUGCAGUGUAUGACAUAGUGAAGAACUACACUGCUGACUACGACAAGGCCCUCAUUUUCAACAAGAUCCACCACGAGCUGAACCAGUUCUGCAGUGUACACACGCUUCAAGAGGUCUACAUUGAGCUCUUUGAUCAGAUUGAUGAAAAUCUCAAACUGGCUUUGCAACAGGACCUGACCUCCAUGGCCCCUGGGCUCGUCAUCCAGGCUGUGCGGGUGACAAAGCCCAAUAUACCGGAGGCGAUCCGCAGAAACUACGAGUUGAUGGAAAGCGAGAAGACAAAGCUUCUCAUUGCAGCCCAGAAGCAGAAGGUGGUGGAAAAAGAAGCCGAGACAGAGCGGAAGAAGGCCCUCAUUGAGGCAGAAAAAGUGGCUCAGGUUGCAGAAAUCACCUAUGGACAGAAGGUGAUGGAGAAGGAGACCGAGAAGAAGAUUUCAGAAAUUGAAGAUGCUGCGUUCCUGGCCCGGGAGAAGGCAAAGGCCGAUGCUGAGUGCUACACCGCCAUGAAAAUUGCUGAAGCAAACAAGCUGAAGCUGACCCCUGAGUAUCUACAGCUGAUGAAGUACAAGGCCAUUGCUUCCAACAGCAAGAUUUACUUUGGCAAAGACAUCCCUAACAUGUUCGUGGACUCUGCAGGCAGUCUGGGCAAGCAGUUUGAGGGACUAGCUGACAAGCUGAGUUUUGGCUUAGAAGACGAACCCUUGGAGGCAGACACCGAGGAGAACUGAAACAGAAUUUUUAUACAACCUCAGGUGAACUCAGAGAAAGAGAUCUUUAUUUUUUAAUGAUGAGCCAGGAGGCUCCUCCCUCUCACACUAAGCUUCUUUGUCUUCCACGUAUUGUGGUGGAAAAGAAGAAAUGGACUUUAAUCUAUUCCACUGGGAAGGGAGGGCAGGGAUUGAUGAUUUUGGGGUUUUAUUCAGGGACAUAGGAUAUAUAACUUCUGUUAAGAUUUGUAGACCAUUGGUUUGACCUUUGACCUCCAGGCAUUCAUUUUAGUCCUUUAAAGCUGGCUUAAUUAAGGAUGCUAUCAUUAAGGAGUGGGAGAAAGAGAGGGUGUUGCCUGUCGAUGGUUUCAUUUCCCUUAUUUGGGAAAACAAACGCUCUCCAGACCUCUCACCCCUGCCUUCGAGGUGGGAGAUGCCUGUGGGUGAGGCUCACAACUGAGCAAACACGUUCUUGUCGGUUUGCCGGGAGAGCCAUGCGGGCGCGGCUGCAGCACGUGUGGCCCUCCUGGCGUUUCCGGCUGUGCGGGCGUGAGUUAUCCCAGAGGCGCCCUUCGUGAGCCCUCGUGAGGGAGAACGGUGCUAGAUUUCGCCAGCUUUUCUAUGCCUGCUGCCCUCGAUGCCCUGGAGCCGAAAGUGGUGGCUUCUGUCUGCAUUGUCAGAGCCAGGGCUUGGCCAUCGCCACACCAUUCUUUUCCAAACUCUUCCCCGUUCGUUCUGCAGUUUGGGGUUACUGAGCCCCUCUCAGUCUGCUCGUUGGUUCCAGUCAGCAUCAAGAAGGCAGGAACAAACAACUCAAGUGUCUUAAUAGCUGCUAAAGUAGGAUUGUUAUGUCUGUUAGUGGCUGAGGUGCCUGCCUGGCAAACUAUACGUUCCUUGAGGUCAAGUGUCUUUUUAUUGUUCUGGAGAUUCUACAGUGAAGAUUCUCUGGAAGAGAAGGGCGGGUCAUCCAAAAGCAUUCCUAAUCUUAAGGUGUAUGGCUUGUGCUGGGAGUUCGCCUGGUGCAGUAAGAGGUCUGUUUUCAAACCCAGGGCUCCAGGCAGCCACACAGGCAUCAGACUGAACAUUCAGUCUCCAGAGACAGCUGUGUGGGUGCAAGGCCGAGUUCAUGCCCAAGUCCCUGGGUUGAAGCAGCUGCAUCAAAAUCCGUUCUGGUGUUUUCUUUCUCAUUCAUAAUUAGGAAAAGUUUGGGUCACUCUGGGAGAUUUGGGAAGGGGGAGAGCAAACAUGAGAGAAAGGUUUUCUUAUAUCCUAGAACUGGAGUUGAGGCUGGGACAGCCUGUGUAGUCCCUGGGUUGUGUACCAGGUUGUUAAGCGGAAGACGGCUCUCUGGAGUUAACGUGCCAGCAUGUUGGUAAUCUCCAUGACAAGCUCUGUCUUAGGAUUUGGCCUUGUCAUUAGCUUCUCUCCCUCCCCACAAAAACCCCACCCUGCACCCCCUGGCUCGGUGAAACUGUGAAUGCUACUUUGCGGCACAGAUCCCCGCCUCUUUUUUAGUCCAGUGACCAGACUUCCACUUUGUCAAAUGGCCCCAGAACUCGGGCCAGCUUUCUCCAAAGUAGCAAGUUUGGGAAGCUUUCUUCCUGCCCAGGAAGAAACAAAACGUUAACUCUUCUUAAUUCCAAUGUCACCCUUCUCUUCUAACUUUUGGGUCUAGAAUUCUCAAACCACUGGUCCUGAUCACAUUUUCUGCAGGCAGCCCAAUGUUCCUGGGAGUGACGGACUUGAAUGCCUUCUGAAGUCCUCACGGAAGGCAGUCGCUCUCCCCAGGCCAACAUAGGGAAUCCACUAUUAACACGUUCUCACCCUCCGUCCACUCCAGUGCCACUAGUCACCUGUUAGGAACAACAUGCCAGGUCCACCAUCCCCAAUUUACACAUGUGUCUGCUCCCUCUACUCUGAGACUCGCUACCUAGACCUCAGAAAACACUACUUCACUACAACUGAAUAAGUAGCAAGGAUGUCUCAGUCCCUUGGAAUAGCACGUUCGUUCAGGUUCUCAUGUUGAAAGUCUCUUAACACUAACAUCCUGUGAUAGCUUGUCUCUUGUGUCAGAUACUCUGUGAGCACAGGAGAGCCUCAGUACAGUCCUGCAGCCUCUGCCCCUCUCGGUGUUAAUGUGGGUUCCUCUUUAAACAAAAAAUGUAAAUGUAGCACCCACUAGUUUAAAUCCAGCAGUUGUCUGUACCUGCCUGAGUGGUGAGAUCAUGGAAGUCAGCUGUUUCCUUAGCACGGGACAACUAACCGGUCUACCUGUAUGCCUUUCUUCAGCACACACUAGAAAAUUGGAGCUUAACAUUUGAAUCCUAAACGUGAAAUGUGACAGCCUGCAAUUUUGUAGGCAGUAAGUCAUGGCUGCUAUUUAUAAGUGGAACUUCUAUCAAAAUAAGUAACUGUUUAUAUAAUUCAGUUUUUGUAGAAUUUUCCAAGGAGAAGCCACCUUGGUUGAAUGUUUCUCACUCAUUAAACUUUGCAGAAGUGAUUCAUAUUUGGUAUUGUUUUUAAUCACUUUUUUAUAUAAAGACAAUGUUUGCAAGGAAA